AUGGUUGAUCAUGCAUUACAACUAUUUGCCAAUAUGACUGAAAAGGGUGUUCUUGCAAACAUCAUCACUUACAGCUCUUUGAUUCAUGGACUGUGUAGCUUUGGUCGAGAGAUAGAAGCUGCAAAAAUGUUGAUCGAUAUGGAGGAGCAAGGAGUAUCUCCAUCAGUGGCUACAUUUAAUAUCUUAGUAAAUUCCUUUUGCAAGCAAGGAUCUGUAAAAGAUGCAGAGCUUGCUGUACAAGCAAUGGUACGAAGAGGUCUAAAUCCAGAUGUUAUCACUUAUAAUGCAUUGAUUGAUGGAUAUUGUUUACGUGGUGAAAUAGGUGACGCAGAGAAAGUUCUUGAUGGCAUGGUGAAGAGGGAUAUUGUACCUAACAUCAUCACAUACAACAGCCUGAUAAAUGGAUAUUGUAAGAAGAAGCAAAUUGAUAAGGCCAGGCAUCUCUUUCAAGAUAUCCAAGACAAGGGUUUCAUUCCUGAUGUUGUUACUUACAGUAGCAUGUUACAAGGUUUGUAUGAUUCAGGGAAUCCUGCAGCGGCUAGAGAGCUCUUUAACGAGAUGCAAGCAAAGGGCCAAACUCCAACUGUAUUGACUUAUGGCAUCUUGUUCCAUGGAAUGUGUAAAAACUCCCAGACAACUGAUGCAUUGGCUCUCUUCCAUUCGUUGGGAAGCAAUGAAUUGAUGAAAGAUAUAGUGUUGUAUAAUAUAUUGAUUGAUGGUAGUAACAAAUGUGGGAAGCCUAACUUGGCUUUGGAUCUGUUUGAUGAGCUUUUAUUAAAAGGAUUGAAACCAACUGUUAGGACAUAUACAGUGAUGAUAAGUGUGUAUUGCCAAGGAGGCUUAUUUGGUAAAGCGAACGAUUUGCUUAGAAAGAUGGAAGAUAAUGGUUAUUUGCCUGAUAGCGUUAUGUACAAUGUUAUUGUUCAAGAGUUGUUGAAGAAAUCUAAGUGUCAAGAGGCAGAGAACUUUCUGGAAGAAAUGAUUAACCGAGGUUUCAUGCCUGAUUCUACUACUUUUACGAUGGUGCUACACCUAAUUCCAAAUGUAGGAAAGGAAUCGCGUAUGCGAACGAUCAUUCAAAAGCUAACUACUGUAGAAAGAAAAGACGGGAGAAUACUUAAUUUAACAUCUAGGCUCGUUCCCUGA